GGUCACCACUACAGCAUCCUUCAUCCCUGCAGCAUUUUAAACAUUACGGACGUAUUUGUUCAUUUUCACUAUCAAUAAAUAUGGACAACGCUGGAAAAGAAAAGGAGGCCAUGCAACUGAUGGCCGAUGCAGAUAAAAAAGUAAAAUCAUCCGGCUCGUUUCUGGGAGGAAUGUUUGGGGGAAACCAUAAGGUUGAAGAUGCAUGCGAAAUGUAUGCUAGAGCGGCCAACAUGUUCAAAAUGGCCAAAAACUGGACGGCUGCGGGGAACGCUUUCUGCCAGGCCGCGCGCCUGCACAUGCAGAUGCAGAACAAGCUCGACUCGGCCACCAGUUUUGUGGAUGCUGGCAACGCUUACAAGAAGUCUGACCCGCAAGAGGCUAUCAACUGUUUAAAUCAAGCCAUCGAUAUUUAUACAGACAUGGGGAGAUUUACGAUUGCUGCCAAACACCACAUGACUAUUGCAGAGAUAUAUGAAGCUGAGCUUGUAGACAUUGAAAAGGCAAUCGCUCAUUAUGAGCAGGCAGCAGAUUAUUACAAGGGGGAGGAAUCGAACAGCUCCGCUAACAAGUGUCUGUUGAAAGUUGGACUUUACUGCGCUCAACUUGAGCAAUACCCCAAAGCCAUUGAAAUAUAUGAGCAGGUUGCAACCAACACAAUGGACAACCCAUUGCUGAAAUACAACGCUAAAGAAUACUUCUUCAAGGCAGCCUUAUGCCACUUCAUUGUUGAUGAGCUGAACGCAAAGCUUGCCAUUGAAAAGUAUGAAGGGAUGUUCCCAGCCUUCACUGACUCAAGAGAAUGCAAGCUUUUGAAGAAACUCCUGGAGGCUCAUGAGGAGCAGAACAGUGAAGCGUACACCGAGGCUGUUAAGGAGUAUGACUCCAUCUCCCGUAUUGACCAGUGGCUGACCACCAUGCUGCUGCGCAUCAAGAAGAGCAUCCAGGGAGAUGCUGGAGACCUGAAGUGAACACCCAUAUACGUCGUGCAGUGCCAUUUCCACAAUCCUGAUGUGGAACUUUGUUUUGUUUUGUUUUUUCUUUCUUUUUUUCCGUGUGUGUGUGUGCGGCAAUCCUCAGUGCGGAUCAGAAAAGAUUUGUAGUGUGGAUGACUUAUGGGGUUUUGGUAUUACUCAGCCUUUCAGCUGACUUAACACCUGCUGAGCCACAUAGCCAUCUAUCCUUGGAGAUUUCUUUCAGUGUCUGUAGCCUAGAGGUUAAGCCAUGAUCCGCAAAUUGUUAAUAGUUUUGCACAGCUAGUGUUGGUUGUUUCCCAGUACCGUCAUCCAUCUAAAAGGGAUCCAUUUAACCUUUAAAAUCUUGGGACUUUUUUUUUUUGUUCUUUUUUUUUUCUCUUGCCGUAAUCACUGUUACUGCUGUGUAAUAACUGUUUCCAGUGGUCAUUAAGUGUCAUGUACUCAAUAAAUGUCUUGCAUGAUGUGCAUUUUGUCGUUUAAAAAAACAAAACAAAAAUGUUUACCAAAAGAUUAUGUGUGUCCAGUUGUAACUUUCGGAUCACUUUUGUUAUUUGAUUUUUAUCUUGUUGUGCCAUUUUUGUUUGUUUCUUUCCUGGUGUCCUUAUUGCAACACGGUUGAAACUGUACAUCUAUGUUGAAAACAAAUUCUGUAAAGAACUAGCUUCCUAUAAUAGUCGUCUUCAAUGUGGGUUUUCACCAAUGAAAUCACAUGAGCGAUUAAAAAUGAUAACGUUAUUUUUGGGUAAAAUUAUGAAACUUUUCUUUUGGUCAUUAAGUGUUAAAACGUUGAAUUUUAAGUGACCCAGUGACAGUCACAAGGCAUGCUUGUGCAAUGCUUAUCCAGUCUUGACUGCGAUAAUAUAACAGAUACACACUAGAUGUGAUGCAUAACAUGUAAUAAUGUCCUCUAUUUUUGUGUUAUAUCCUUUGAUCUUUUUUAUCUUGAUUUAUUAUCAAUAGGAGUGAUUGUGUAAUUGAUCCAAUUUAUGAAUGAAACAAUGUCAUAAUAAACAGUAUAGCCUGAUAAAUGAUGACACCCAUAAUAAUGUAUGCCUAGUUGUCAUCCUCUGGAUGCCUUUGUCGUUGACCCCUAAUUUAUUCCAAGAUUCUAAUCAGUGCUUAAACGUUUAAGUUGUUAAUCUUGGGAUAUCAACAGAGAGUUGAGGGUAGACACCUGAUCAAGAUGUAACAGCUGUGGGGAAAAUCAUGCUUUGCCAACAGCUGAGGUUUGUGCCAGUCAAAGCAUAUCAGAUUUGACAAGUCUGGCUCUUUUUUUCUGGAAGGGGCUACUGUAAUUGAGUAUUCCACCCUGUUCUAUGAUUGUUUGUAUGAUGUGACGAACAGAAUAAAUGAGAAUAAUAUCACAA